AAGCGCAAUCUCCCUAGUCAUUCGCUCUCUGAACGUCACCACGAAUAGUCGUCACAGAUUGUGAGUCACAUCAGUAACAUAAAAAAUCUCAAUCGAAAACGUUUGAGUUUUCACAAAGUAGAGACAAUUUACCGCCGGUAGUAGUGCAAAUUUUCAACAAUCUGGUGGCUUUCGUGAAAGGACAUUUUGCAAAGUCAUAUCACCCACCGAAUACAACCCUAGUGUUAACCAUAAGAAAACUUCCAGUGUAAACUUUUAGUUUAGAGUAAAUUACGUAAAAACGGUCACAAAAAAUACUAGAAGGAGUUUCAUGACUGUAUUUUAAAUUACCUCUUCACUGAAGUGUUACUUGUUUCGAUUCAUCGCUCAAUUGACAGCACAUACUCACAGUUGACCGUUUGGCAAUGCGGCACCGAAAAUUAUUAAAGUUGGUUUCCUUACCGUUACCGGUAUUGCUUGCAGCUCUAGUGACCUUCACACAGUGGCCGAUUCAACAGGUCGAAGCAAAAUUCACCUCCGAACAAAUGCAAGUUGUGUGCAGAUCUAGUAACGACACCCAUCUGCGUCAAACGGUGAAGAAAAUCCUUAAACCACGUGUAGUGGGAACUGCCUCUCAUGACGAAGUUAGACGAUACAUUAUUGAUCAACUGAAGCAGAUGCGUUUCAUUGUUGAGCUUGACGAAUUCAACGAUAAAACGCCACACUUCGGGCGUUUAAGAUUUUCCAACAUCAUUGGCAAACUCAACCCAUCAGCAGACAAAUACUUGACGCUAGCAUGUCACUACGACAGUAAAUACUUUCGGGAACAUGCAUUCGUGGGAGCCGUCGAUUCAGCUGUGCCCUGUGCAAUGAUGCUCAAUUUGGUGAAAACCACUGCUUCGGCGUUAGCACUACUCCGAAACAAUACUGAUCUCAGUCUAAUGUUAGUGUUUUUCGAUGGAGAAGAAGCUAUCCGUAAGUGGUCCACCACCGAUUCCCUAUAUGGAUCGCGACACUUGGCCUCAAAAUGGACCACGAUGCCGUAUGUGUCACAAACAUUGGGCAAAUCGAUGAGGGAAAUAGACCGAAUCCAGUUGAUGAUACUCUUAGAUCUUAUCGGAGGUGAAAACCCAAAGUUCUACAAUUUCUUCGAUAACACCAAAAACUACCAUCGACGAUUAAGCGAAAUCGAACUUACACUACGAAAAAGUAAACUUCUGCUGAAGGAUCCAAAAGGCAUCGACAUGUUUAUUGACAAAAGCACCAACAGAAGGGUAGAAGAUGAUCACUUACCAUUUUUAAAAAGAAAUAUCCGCAUUUUGCAUCUAAUACCGCUUCCAUUUCCAAAGCAUUGGCACACACCAGAGGAUAACGAAGCGAAUUUAAGUCUGAGGACAGUUGGAAACAUAAAUAUGGUGCUGCGAGUCUUCAUUUUAGAAUAUUUAACCUACUGUGACAGUAAAUAUGGGAGAGCCCUCAAUACGUGCCUAAAUUGAAUGUUCUGUUCAAUUUUUCUGCCUAAAUUAGGAACCAACAGUCAACAACAAGUAGAAGAGCAGAACCAAAUACCCCAAGAAGAAAGUGCAGCCGUAAUCCUCAACUUUCUAUGUGUGCUUGAUGUAGUUAUAUAAGGAUAACACAAACAAGUCUGCUAUUGUUAAUGACACAUAUAAGCAUUUUGUUUCAGCAGCAUAAAAUAAAUAAAUUAAAAUUUAAUGCAUGAUAGAACAAAUAAUGACAAAAUGAAGGAUAAUGAUCAGAAUCUACCUUCUUGAAAUAUAUUCUCAAAAACAAUUGCCUCUAAAUUGCCUAACUACCCUAUUUACUCAUUUCAAAAUAACGCCACCAGGCGUAUGCAUAUAUUAAAUCAUGUGUUAUAAUGCUCUCGCUUAAUUUAUUUCGAUGCUAUGAUAUUAUUGUGAUGAAAAUUGAAAUAUAAUAUUUGUGAUCAAAACUAAAUUACAAUGCUUGAUUCCACCACAUGAGUGAGAAUGUUUGUUGCUAACAAUAUUUGAUUUUAAUGAAUCACUUGUAAUGCAUAAGAAUAUUACAUUACAAACAUUAAUUCUCUAAUGCCUAAGUCCGCCUUUAGACGGGCUUCGGUAAAAUCACUAUAAACUUUUUUUAAGUAUUUAUUAGAGAUUUAUAACGAUUUUCUUGGGCACUAGAAGGUUAACGAACACUAAUACAUAUAUCAGCUGGUCUUGCAAGAACAUUUUCUAUACAUGGUUAAUUCAACACAGACAAAAUUUGCCAGUUAAAAGAUUUAUUGUAUACCUGAACAAACGAAGUGGCUGAGGAUUUAGACUCGUAAUUUGAUUUCUUAAUAAAAUUGAGCGAAAAAAAUGUCCCUGGAAACAUAAUCAUAUUUUGAUGUGAAAUUGGCAUGACUUCUCCAUAAUUGAAAAUGCAAGUUUUUGUUUAUAAAUUA